AUGGCGGAACCGAACUACAGCCACUUUCGAUACUUCGAAAACAAGUAUCCCGAGAUCGAUGAGUUCGUCAUGGUCAACGUCAAGCAGAUUGCCGAGAUGGGCGCGUACGUUAAGCUGCUCGAGUACGACAACAUUGACGGCAUGAUCCUGCUUUCCGAGCUGUCGAGACGUCGUAUCAGAAGUAUCCAGAAGCUCAUUCGAGUGGGCCGCAACGAGGUCGUCGUCGUGCUCCGUGUCGACAAGGAGAAGGGUUACAUUGAUCUCAGCAAGCGUCGUGUGUCGCCAGAGGAUAUCAUCAAGUGCGAGGAGAGGUACAACAAGGGCAAGAUGGUCCACUCCAUCAUGCGCCACGUCGCCGAGAAGACCCUCACCCCUAUCGAGCAGCUGUACGAGACCAUCGCAUGGCCCCUCAACAAGAAGUACGGCCAUGCGAUCGACGCCUUCAAGCUGUCCAUCACGAACGCCGAGGUCUGGAACGACGCCACCUUCCCAAGCGAGGCCGUUUCCGAGGAGUUGAAGUCAUAUAUCGCGAAGCGUCUCACUCCCCAACCCACCAAGGUCCGUGCCGACGUCGAGGUUACCUGCUUCGGAUACGAGGGCAUCGACGCCGUCAAGGCCGCCCUGCGCACCGCCGAGUCGCGCAACGACGACCAGACGCAGGUUAAGGUCAGGCUUGUGUCGCCCCCGUUGUACGUCCUGACCAGCACGUGCUUGGACAAGAACCUGGGUAUCGCCAGACUGGAGGAGGCCAUUGUCGAGAUCCGGACCAGCAUCGAGGCUGCCGGCGGCUCGCUCGUCGUGAAGAUGGAGCCCAAGGCCGUUACGGAGAGCGAUGACGCCGAGCUGCAGGCUCUCAUGGAGAAGAGGGAGCGCGAGAACGCCGAGGUCAGUGGUGACGAGAGUGUCAGCGAGAGCGACGACAACCCGGAGGUUUAA